UGCAAAAUUACCCACAAUUUUACAUUUUGAUCUUCUUCCUUUUCUUUUCUGAGAUGGAUGCAAUUAUCAUGUUCACCUGCUUGGUUCUCUUGCUCUCCCUCCUGCUAACCAAACUCUUCAUAGGCCAGAAGAACAAAAAGAAAAAUUUCCCUCCAAGUCCUCCAAAUUCCCUUCCCAUUCUCGGGCACCUCCACCUCCUCAAGAAGCCCCUUCACCAAUCUCUGGCCCGUCUCUCUGCCGAGCACGGCCCUCUCCUCCUCCUCCGCUUCGGAAUCCGCCCUGUCCUCGUUGUCUCCUCUGCCUCCCUUGCCGAAGAGUGCUUCACGACCAACGAUGUUGCCCUUGCCGACCGCCCUCGAUUUUCUUCUGUUUCUGUCACUACGUACAACUACACCAUUCUCCCUUUCGCUGCCUAUGGACCCCACUGGCGAGAGAUGCGCCGAAUAGCCACAAUUGAAGCGCUUUCGAGCCAUCGCCUUGCCUGUUUUGCUGAUGUUCGUGCUGAGGAGGUUCGGGCCCUUGCCCGACACUUUUAUCAUAACACGGGGAGGGUGGAGCUUAGGUCUUCCUUGUUUGGGCUGGCAGUGAACAUCAUAAUGAGAACUAUAGCAGGAAUAAGAUAUUACGGAGAGGAUGAUGAGAAUGACAAAAAAGUAUAUAAGUUAAAGGAGGUGAUAGAGAAAAUCAUCUCGCUUUCUGGCGUGACCAAUGUGGGAGAUUUUUUGCCGGCAUCAAUCGGGUGGAUUGCAUGUCGUGGAGUGAAGAGGAAAAUGGCGAGGUAUCACAAAUACAGGGACGAGAUCUUUCAGUCACUUAUAGAAGAGCACAGGAGAAGUAGAAAAGAGGAGGCCGAUAAUAAAAAUGGAAAAUUGAGGGGCAAAAAGAAGAUUGAUAGAACCAUGAUUGAUACUCUGCUCUCUUUACAAGAAAAUCAUCCAAAGCAAUACACUGAUGUUUUCAUUAAAGCACUAGUUUUGAGCUUAGUAUCUGCAGGCACAGAUACUUCCUCAAAUACAAUUGAAUGGUCAAUGUCUCUUUUAUUAAACAAUCCUGAGAAAUUUGAGAAGGCGAGACAAGAGAUAGAAGAGCAAGUUGGACAUGACCGUCUCCUUGAUGAAUUUGAUCUUACCAAACUUCCAUACCUUCACUGUAUUAUCAACGAAACACUAAGAUUAUACCCUGCUGGGCCUCUCCUUGUACCCCACGUAGCAAGAAAUGAUUUUAAAAUCGGAAGCUACGAUGUGGACCGAGGCACAAUAAUUUUAGUAAAUGUUUAUGAAAUUCAUAGAGACCCCACAUUUUGGAUGGAACCUAAUAACUUUUUCCCGGAAAGGUUUCAAAACUUAAAUCUAGAAGGGGGGAAGUUAAUGCCAUUUGGCAUAGGGAGAAGAAGGUGCCCAGGAGAGGGGCUUGCAUUGAAAGAGAUUGGUUUGGUGCUAGGAACUUUGAUUCAAUGCUUUGAGUGGCAGAGAAUUGGACCAGAAAAGGUGGACAUGACACAAGGAUCGGGCCUUGUCAUGCCAAGAGCAAAUCAUCUUGAAGCUCUAUGCAAGCCACAUCAAUACAUGAUCAAUGUGCUAUCGAAAAUGUAAACUGCAAGUCAACUUUAUCACAACAAUCAUUAGAAUAAAUAUCAUGUUGAAUAAUUUAUCUUGU